AUGACGCACCGCGCCGAUGCCUCCAACACUCUUGACAAUCGUGGCUACUCCGGGCCACUGAUUCGAGGUCAAAAUCCGGCUCUCUUGCUCGAGACCGCAAUGCGAGAUCGGAUCACCGAUUCACUUUACUGGAAAGAACAAUGUUUUGGCCUAAAUGCAGCAACUCUCUGCGACCGCGCUGUUGAAUUGACCUAUAUUGGUGGCACCUACGGAGUUGCCAUGAAGCCUUCACCCUUCAUCUGCCUUGCCUUCAAACUAUUGACCCUCGUUCCGGAUAGAGAAAUCAUCCUCGAAUACCUCAAUACAGGAGGCGAAGAGUGGAAAUAUUUACGGGCAUUGGCAGCAUUCUAUGCACGCCUCACAUUUGACCCGGUGGAUAUCUACAAAACUUUGGAACCUUUCCUGGAGGAUGCGAGGAAAUUGAGACAGAGGAGGAAAGAAUCUUAUGUUUUAAUACACAUGGACGAAUUUGUGGAUAAUCUUUUGACUAAAGACCGUGUGUGUGGAACGAGCUUAUGGAAGUUGUCUGCGCGACAGUUGCUAGAGGACCUUGACCAACUGGAAGAACGGAUCAGUCCACUCCAGGCCGAGCUCGAUGCAAUGGAAGAGGAAGAAAGCGGUAAUGACAAUGAUAGUGACGUGGUUAUGGAUAGCGGAGAUCGAAAUGGGACUGCUAGUGAAAAUGGACGAAGCCCGAGGUCAAGAAGCCGAAGUCGAAGCACAAGAAGGAGCAGGAGUCGAUCGGAAAGUGAAUGA